AUGGAUUCGAACUACGUCAAUGACUCGUCAACAGGCGAGACGGAUCUUGUUAUUCCUCGUUUAUUUCGCUUCUGGAUAUUUCUUUUUACGAAUAGUUUAUCAUUAGGAUGCACGUUUCUGCAUCUUUAUCAUCUACUCGGCAAAAAUAUUCUACGUAAUACAUUAAGUAAUCAUACAAUUAUUGUUAUUCUCUUUACUUCACUCGGCACUCAAUGUAUCGAUGUUCCAUUCUAUAUGAAUUAUACUCUUCAUGGUUAUGUUUCACCUCAAACACCCUUUGUUUGUCAACUUUGGUGGUUUGUGGAUGUCGGAACUUUUCAAACAACGCUCAUACUUAUCACUUGGAUGUCAUUUGAAAGACAUAUUCUCAUUUUUCAUGAACAAUACCUUCGAACUCGAAAAAACCGAUGGUUCUUCCAUUAUUUCCCAUUGAUUUUUUUCAUUAUCUAUCCAUUAUUAUUUUACACAUUAGCUUUAACAUUGGUUCAAUGUGAAGACUCGAAUUCAUACGAUUAUACACAAGGAUGGUGUGGUUACAGUCCUUGUUACUAUCAUGUUGUCUUUCUUUCUUUAUGGGAUAUUUUUUUCAAUGGAGGAAUAUUCACCAUUCUCGCAGUGUUUUCUGACGUUGUACUUAUUAUAAGAGUUAUUAGAAAGAAAAGUACUCUGAUACGACAACCAAGACAAUGGCGAAAACAUCGAAAAAUGAUUAUACAAUUAUUAUCAAUUUCAAUUCUAUGUUCAAUCUUUUCCAUGAUGAUUUUGAUUUAUUUUCUUUUGGAUACCAUCGGAUAUUUACCAAGUGACAUAGAUCCUCGUAUACUGGAAUAUAUACUUUUAUUUGAUUUAUAUUCAAUUUUGUGGAUGCCUAUCCUUAUGCUUCUUACACUUCCCAAACAAUAUUGGUGGAAACAAUGGAAAAACAUUUUGUGUCACAGACGACAACAACGACAAGUUGGUGUUAGAACUCUAACGCUGCCUGUUACAGCAAAGCAAAUCACUAAAUAA